AUGACUCCACAGCGCCUUCCCUCGGCUGAAGGGAAAAUUCCACAAUGGCUACCGCAGACCCCGUCCCCACCACCCCCCGCGCUUCGCAGUGAAUUCCCCGCUCCAACCCAUCCCGACCGACUACAAGUCAACCGCAGCGACAAAGCCUUCUGCAGUGGGGCCUACUCUCUCAUCGAUCUCCCCGCCGGUGCACUAUUUGCCAAAAUCACCACUGCCACUCCAGGGAAGAAAGCCUACACCAGCGUGCAGACCGGGCCAGACACCCAUAUCGAGCUGAACUCAGACCUAGUCUACUGCAAUCACUCUUGUGAGCCAUCAGUUGUUUUUGACAUGUCUCGGAUGGAGGUACGGGUCGUGGACGAUCGGCCUUUGAAGGCCGGUGAUGCCUUAACAUUUUUCUACCCGAGCACAGAGUGGGAUAUGGAUCAGCCAUUCCAGUGCACUUGUGGUGCGAGUGUGUGCCGGGGUUUAAUCACCGGUGCCAAGACUAUGCCUGCCGAUGUGUUGGGAGAAUACUGGUUGAACCCGCAUAUUGAGGCUAUGUUGAAGGGACAGUGA